UAUGCCUAGUUAUCAACACUCAUCCCUCCACUGUUCCUUUUGGUAGGCCACCCCGCUCGUGCGUUGCAUGCGUGCGGCCCCCAUCACCCCCACUAAGAGAGAGAUUUGAAGGUGGAUCACCUUCUAUAUAACUUGUAGAGCUCCAUGAUCAUACAUACAUUUCAAAACAAAAAUGGCGUCGGAGAAGGUCGAGACCAUCAUCGCCGGAAACUACGUCGAAAUGGAGACUGAAGGCGAUCCAAAGGCCACCAAAAGCCGGUUGUCACGGUUCUUCUGGGACGGCGGUUCUGUCUACGAUGCAUGGUUCAGCUGUGCUUCUAAUCAGGUGGCGCAAGUGCUACUCACAUUACCAUACUCAUUUUCACAACUGGGGAUGUUAUCUGGGAUCCUUUUUCAGCUGUUUUAUGGGCUGAUGGGAAGCUGGACAGCUUAUCUUAUUAGUGUACUUUAUGUUGAGUAUCGCACUAGAAAGGAGAGAGAAAAGGUGGACUUUAGAAACCAUGUGAUUCAGUGGUUUGAAGUCCUUGAUGGGCUCUUAGGGAAGCACUGGAGAAAUGCCGGCCUUUUUUUCAACUGCACUUUUCUUCUGUUUGGAUCAGUAAUUCAGCUAAUUGCAUGUGCAAGCAACAUAUAUUACAUCAAUGACAAUCUAGACAAGAGGACUUGGACAUACAUCUUUGGAGCUUGUUGUGCUACGACAGUUUUCAUCCCUUCAUUCCACAACUACAGAAUAUGGUCAUUUCUAGGACUCGUGAUGACUACUUACACUGCAUGGUACAUGACUAUUGCUGCUCUCAUUCAUGGUCAGGUUGAAGGAGUAAAACAUUCGGGCCCCGCCAAAAUGGUCCUGUAUUUCACUGGAGCUACCAAUAUUCUCUACACAUUUGGUGGACAUGCGGUCACAGUGGAGAUUAUGCAUGCAAUGUGGAAGCCACAGAAAUUCAAGUCGAUAUACCUGGUGGCAACACUCUAUGUGCUGACCCUCACACUACCUUCAGCCAUUUCGGUUUAUUGGGCAUUUGGGGACAUGCUUCUCAACCAUUCAAAUGCUUUCGCUUUGCUCCCACGGUCAGGAUUUAGAGACAUGGCUGUCAUACUCAUGCUCAUUCAUCAGUUCAUUACGUUCGGGUUCGCCUGCACCCCUCUGUAUUUUGUGUGGGAAAAGGCGAUAGGAAUGCACGAAACGAAGAGCAUUUUUAAGAGAGCUCUGGCAAGGCUUCCGGUAGUGAUUCCGAUAUGGUUUCUCGCGAUCAUAUUCCCUUUCUUCGGCCCCAUCAACUCGACCGUUGGAUCUCUUCUGGUCAGCUUCACCGUCUACAUAAUCCCUGCCUUAGCGCACAUGAUCACAUUUGCUCCUGCUUCAGCUAGAGAGAAUGCGGUAGAGAGGCCGCCUUCAUUUCUAGGAGGAUGGGCUGGCUUGUACUCAAUGAAUAUAUUUGUAGUGGGUUGGGUUUUGGUGGUUGGAUUUGGAUUUGGAGGGUGGGCCAGCAUGCUCAAUUUCAUUCAGCAAGUGGACACAUUUGGUCUCUUCACCAAAUGCUAUCAGUGCCCUCACAAGGCUUAGGAAGUUUGCCCAACUUCCCAAUAGAAGAAAAAACAAACUACAAUAUUUCAAUAUUUUGUAAAGGGAUUGGAUUUGGCUGUCUUGUAAGCUGGUUUUCUCUACGUAAAUGCAACCCUUUGUGGGAUUUUCUUAAUUCCAUCUCCCUUGAACCACAGUUGAUUUUUAUCUAAUUUGUAUGCGUUUGGCAGUACCUCAAAAUGAUAUUUGGCUGAAUUUGGCUGCAAUGGAAAUCAAACCCAAGUGGGUGAGUUAUGAGUUU